GCAGAAUGGCUGAGCACCUUGGGGCAAAUCCUGCUUUCGAAAAAGAAAGCAUUAUUAUGCAACAUGGAGUAUUUGCCCUCCUGAUUGGGACGCUAAACAAUCAAAUCCAAAUGAAUAAACAAUCAAACCCAUUUGACAGCCGCGACGUUGUUAUGCCAGUUUUCCUCGUAACUCUGUUUAUAUAUGCAACGGCCUCGGUGGCCGAAGUCAUGCUCCGUGCUCGAGAAUCAACUUACUACACACUGGCUGGCAAGCUCCGACUCUUUGCCAGUGCCCUUGCUGCAAUAUUGCUUCUAGCAAUUCUUGCUCCAGUUCUGGGGUGCAUUAUUUCAGUCGUCUGGGCCUGUAUAUUUAUGGGAGUCGCAUAUGAAUCAAGGCAAGAGUUGUACAACAUUUUAAGCCAGAUAACUAAUAAGUUACUUGACAUGUUGACCAGGAUAAAUGCACGCGUGAGGAGCCGCAAGGAGGAGCCAAAUCAGCUACGUGUCUAGGUCACUACAUGUCCUUAGAAUUUAUGGAGUAAUUGGCACGGGAAAAUACUUGUUUGGGACUAUUUCCUGUUGUUCACUUCCUCCCAGCCCCUUUUUUUUUUACUUUUUGUAAAAAAAAGCAUUGCCUGUUUG